AUGCCGACCACCGAGAGCCGUCCCCACCCCGCCGGCCCUGCGAGGCCUCUGCUCUCCACCGAGAUCAACACGGCGACGAGAUCCCUCCACACCAAGCUCAACCGCCUCAUCACCGCCCGCCUCCCGCUCGCCCUCCCCCCGCACUCGGCCUCGCCCCGCCUCUACGCCUCCGGCCUCCUCCACUUCGCCCACGUCUACCUCACCUUCGAGUCGGCAUGGCAAGACAUGUCCGCCGCCCACCACAACAACACCAACAACCCCCACCACAACCCCGCCCUCUCCUCCCUCCUCGAAGACCCCUGGAUCAGCGUCUGCACGCCGCCGUCGCCAUCCUCCUCCUCCACAACCGCCACACCCCCGUCUCCAUCCUCCACAACCUCCACCCCAGACACGGCUCCCUCCCCCGCCCUCCUCACAGCCCUCGCCGCGCUCCUGCCCCCCGGGCUCCCCCGCUCCCGCCGCCUCCGCCGCGACCUCUCCGCGCUCCUCAACCUGCGCCCCGUCGAGCUCGACGUGCGCCUCGCCACGGCAGCGAACCACAAAGGAAGCGGCGUCGUCGCGGCGUACGCGGCGCACAUACGCGGCGUCUGCCACGCGCGGCCGCACGUGCUGGUCGCGUACGCGUGGGUCAUGUACAUGGCGGUGUUUGCGGGGGGGCGGUGGAUACGCGGGCAGUUGGUGGAGGGGGGGAGGGGGUUUUGGGAGAACUCGAGUUCGGGGGUGGAUUUCGAUGGGUUGGGGGAGAGGGGGUUGGCGUUUUUUGGGUUCGAGGGGGAUUGUGAUGGGGAGGAUGUGAAGGGGGUGUUUAAGGAGCGGUUGGGGGAGGUGGAGGGGCUGCUGAGCGAGGCGCAGAGGGCGGAGGUGGUGGAGGAGGCGAGGGCGGUGUUUGAGUGGAGCAUUGCGCUGGUGGAGGAGCUGGACGGGCUGUUGGAUACGCCGGAGGAUGUUGUUGCUGGUGGUGGCGGCGCUCGUGCUCAUGCUCAUGCUCAUGCUGCCGCGCCGGUGUCGGAGGAGAAGGGGGAGGUGGAGGCGGAGGCGGAGGCGGAGAAGGCGGGCCUGUCGCCCGCUGCGGCUGCUGCUGCUCGGUCGUCGUCGUCGUCGUUGGCGCCUAGGAAUGACUGGGUCAGGCAGGGUGGCAGCGUCGCCGGGGCGCUGGUCGUGCUGGGCGGUGUUUAUUGGUGGGCGGCGUGCUUCCUGGGCACCGCUUUGAGGGAGGGCUGGCAUGAGGGUUGGGCGGGUAUUUGA